GAGAUUGGGACUGAAGCGUGGGGGGCUGGCUAUUCUUGGAUAGAGAUACCUAGAGAAAACAAAGUGCAGACAUGAAUAUUAUCACCAGGAUCUGAAGACUCUAAACACUGCUAUUCAGGCUUGUCAUGGAGUUUUUUGGAGAAAGGAAUCUGUGAAAUUAUGUGAAUAGAGACUAUUUUACAAAACCAUGGGGGAAAGAGAAAGAAGUCCAGAUAAUGAUCAAGAAAGUAAGGCAGGAAAACACCGUUACUCUUCAUCUGAUUUUGAAACUACCCCACAGUCUUCUGGCCGGUCUUCGCUGGUCAAUUCUUCUACACCCACAAGUAUUCAGGGAGAAAAUCCUAAAAGACAAAUUUCAGAUAGCCAAGUGCAUCAUCAAGCCCCUAGGAAGCCAAGCCCUAAGGGUCCACCAAACAGAAAGGGAGUCCGAGUGGGAUUUCGCUCCCAGAGCCUCAAUAGGGAGCCACUCCGGAAAGAUACUGAUCUUGUUACAAAACGGGUUCUUUCUGCAAGACUGCUAAAAAUCAAUGAAUUGCAGAAUGAAGUAACUGAACUCCAGGUCAAGUUAGCUGAGCUGCUAAAGGAAAAUAAGGCUUUGAAAAGGCUUCAGUACAGACAGGAGAAAGCCCUGAAUAAGUUUGAAGAUACAGAAAAUGAAAUCUCACAACUUAUUGCUCGUCAUAACAAUGAGAUUACAGCACUCAAAGAACGCUUAAGAAAAUCUCAAGAGAAAGAACGGGCAACUGAAAAAAGGGUGAAAGAUACAGAAGGUGAACUAUUUAGGACAAAAUUUUCCUUACAGAAACUGAAAAAGAUCUCUGAAGCUAGACACCUACCUGAGCGAGAUGAUUUGGCAAAGAAACUAGUUUCAGCAGAGUUAAAAUUAGAUGACACCGAGAGAAGAAUUAAGGAACUAUCCAAAAACCUUGAGCUGAGUACUAACAGUUUCCAACGACAGUUGCUUGCUGAAAGGAAAAGGGCAUAUGAGGCUCAUGAUGAAAAUAAAGUCCUUCAGAAGGAGCUGCAACAACUGUAUCACAAAUUAAAAGAAAAGGAGAGAGAACUGGAUAUAAAAAACAUAUAUUCUAAUCGUCUGCCAAAGUCUUCUCCAAAGAAAGAAAAAGAACUUAGGUCACGAAAAAAUGCUGCAUGCCAGAGUAAUUUUACAGACCAGUGUACAAAAGGAGUACAAACCAGUGAAGACUUCGAGCUGGAAGAAUUUCCUCUGACACCACAAACAGUUAUGUGUUAUGAAAACAAAUGGGAAGAACCUGAACGUCUUACUUUGGACCUGGAACUGCAGGAGAGAGGUGAACAUGAAGAAGCAAGGAUUCUAACCCCAACUGUGAAAACAGAAGAAAAAUUUGUUAAAGAUCAAGGACUCCGUGUUGUAAAUCAGGAAGUUGAAAAGCUGGAGAAUGAGUGGGAAAGAGAAGAACUUGUUAAAAAGCAAAAAGACAAAAUAUCUUUGUUAGAGAGAGAAGAAAAGCCCGCAUUGGAAACUGGAAGAUACCAAAUGGAAAUGUGUCAAAUUCAAAAUAUAAAUAAAUUAGAGGAAGAGGAAGAAGAAAGGCUGAAGAGAGAAAUGCUACUUGCUAAACUGAAUGAAAUCAACAGAGAACUCCAAGACUCUCAGAAUAUAAAAUGUCCUCCUCUGCCAUUGCUGCCUGAUUGGGAAUCAAAACUGCAUUCCCCGGAGAGAAGCCCCAAAACAUACAUGUUCUCAGAAUCCUCGGAGAGAGUAUUUAAUGGGCAUCAUCUGCAAGACAUCAGCGUUUUCACUACAAAAGGAGACGGUCAGAAUCCAGGAAAGACUAGAGGCCCAGUCUCCCCAAGUGAGCUGGCAUUUGGCAGCUAUGUGCCGUCGUUUGCAAAAACAUCAGGGAAGUCAAAUCCAUUUAGCCAAAAGAGUGGCCUUUUGGAUGUCCAAAGAAACAGUAUAGAGAAACUUGGUAAAGACAGUGUGGAUUUAAUGACAAGAAGAGAGAAAAAAGCUAAUCUGAUGGAACAGCUGUUCGGUGCCAGUGGCAGCAGCACCAUCUCCUCUAAAAGCAGUGACCCACAUUCUCUGGCUGCCAGCAAAGGAGACUUUGAUCCUCUAAAUUUUCUCUCAGGGGAUAAGAGCAGCAGGGAUAGAGAACAUGAUGGAGAUGACGACUUUUUCCUCAGUGAAGGAAGAAGUUUUAAUCCAAAUAGACACCGAUUAAAACAUACAAACAGUAAACCAGCAGUAAAAGCAGUGGAAUCUGUAGAAGAUGAAAUUGAAGAGGUAGCCCUGAGAUGACUGACUGCAGUAUACGGUUUUCCAAUUGUAAAUAUUAAAAUAUUUUAAUACAAUAUUUAUUAUAAACCUUUAGAAUUUUUAAUAUUAAAAAGUCCUUAUUAAGGAAUGAUUUUUAAUAGACAAAUACAGUGUAAAUGAAAAGAUGUAGAUCAUAUCACACUACCUAGCUAGUCUGCAAAGAAUGAAGGAGACUCUUGAAUGAAACCAAAAAGAGAGAUAUAUCUUACUUGGUUUUGGCUUUUUUAUUUACAAAUAGGUUUUACCUCUUAAUCAGCUCUGUAGGAAGUUUUACUCCAUUGGAGUUCCUAUUUAUUUCCUAUUUUUGAUCCCUAUUUAUUUAUUUACUUGUU